AUGGUACUGUGUAGGAUUAUUGGAAAGAGAUUUGUGAAUACUGUUCAUAAGAGAUCUCUUUUGGCUGAAUUAAAGGAAAGAGGAUUGAUUUCUCAAAUAUCACAACCUGAAUCCUUAUUAAAUAAAGCUCUGCAAGAUGGUAAAAGAGUAAAACUAUAUUGUGGAGCAGAUCCCACUGCUAGAUCUUUGCAUUUGGGAAACUUAGUUCCAUUAAUGAUA